UCCGGGACAGCGCGGCAGCUCUCUUCAAAGCGGUGCCGGGCGUCGAUACCGUAGUCGCCGCCAUGAGUCGCAACUACAACGAUGAGCUGCAGUUCUUGGAAAAGAUCAAUAAAAACUGCUGGAGAAUCAAGAAGGGCUUCGUGCCCAACAUGCAGGUUGAAGGAAUUUUCUAUGUAAAUGAUGCUCUGGAAAAAUUAAUGUUUGAGGAAUUAAGGAAUGCGUGUCGAGGUGGCGGUGUUGGUGGCUUCCUGCCUGCCAUGAAACAAAUUGGCAAUGUGGCAGCCCUGCCUGGGAUUGUUCAUCGAUCUAUUGGGCUUCCUGAUGUCCAUUCAGGUUAUGGGUUUGCUAUUGGGAAUAUGGCAGCCUUCGAUAUGAAUGACCCUGAAGCAGUGGUGUCCCCAGGUGGUGUCGGAUUUGACAUCAAUUGCGGUGUCCGCUUGCUAAGAACCAAUUUAGAUGAAAGCGAUGUCCAGCCUGUGAAGGAGCAACUUGCCCAAGCUAUGUUUGACCACAUCCCUGUUGGGGUGGGAUCCAAAGGUGUCAUCCCAAUGAAUGCCAAAGACUUGGAAGAGGCCUUGGAGAUGGGUGUGGACUGGUCGCUGAGAGAAGGCUACGCCUGGGCUGAGGACAAGGAGCACUGUGAGGAGUAUGGAAGAAUGCUGCAAGCUGACCCCAACAAGGUCUCUGCGAGGGCGAAGAAAAGAGGCCUUCCUCAGUUGGGGACCCUGGGAGCAGGUAACCACUAUGCAGAAAUCCAAGUCGUAGAUGAGAUUUUCAAUGAGUAUGCUGCUAAGAAGAUGGGCAUCGACCAUAAAGGACAGGUGUGCGUGAUGAUCCACAGUGGAAGCAGAGGCUUGGGCCACCAAGUAGCCACAGAUGCCCUGGUUGCUAUGGAAAAGGCCAUGAAGAGAGACAAGAUUAUAGUCAAUGACCGUCAGUUGGCUUGUGCUCGAAUCGCUUCUCCAGAGGGUCAGGAUUACCUGAAGGGAAUGGCAGCCGCUGGGAACUAUGCCUGGGUCAACCGCUCUUCCAUGACCUUCUUAACCCGUCAGGCUUUUGCCAAGGUAUUCAACACAACCCCUGAUGACUUGGACCUACACGUCAUCUACGAUGUUUCCCACAAUAUCGCCAAAGUGGAACAGCAUGUGGUGGAUGGAAAGGAGCGGACCCUGUUAGUGCACAGGAAGGGAUCCACCCGAGCUUUCCCUCCUCACCAUCCCCUCAUUGCUGUUGAUUACCAACUCACUGGACAACCAGUGCUCAUUGGUGGCACCAUGGGAACCUGUAGUUACGUUCUUACUGGCACUGAGCAGGGCAUGACUGAGACCUUUGGGACAACCUGCCAUGGAGCGGGCCGUGCACUGUCCCGAGCAAAGUCUCGACGUAACUUAGAUUUCCAGGACGUCUUAGACAAAUUGGCAGAUAUGGGAAUUGCAAUUCGUGUUGCCUCACCCAAACUGGUUAUGGAAGAGGCUCCUGAGUCCUAUAAGAACGUGACGGAUGUGGUGAACACCUGCCAUGAUGCUGGAAUCAGCAAGAAGGCCAUUAAACUGAGACCGAUUGCUGUUAUCAAAGGGUAGAACCCUGACCUGUGGCCAUGGACUCCAGUGACCCUUACUGAAGUGGAAGUGGACCGGAAUGCUCUUCAGAUAUCAGAACUCAGAGACCUGACAGGUUCCAAAGUGUGUAGCUGUAACCGCCCAUUGCAAGUGGCUGAUGGGGAGGCUGAUGCCUCGGGAGCCAGUGUUAUAAAAUCACCUUCUGGGAGGAGUCACAUGGUCCCCAUUUGGAAAGGGAUGCAUAUGCUUCCUCCCUGGUUGUCCACAGAUUUUUAGGGGAACAAUAGGGGAUGGGGGUAGUUCAAGAAACCACCUUACUCAGUCAUACUAAUCUUUAAUCAUCGGAAUGAACUUCUUUACACCAAGCUCUCUCUACAUCCUGAGAGGUGUCAUGGAGAACAUUCUGUUAAAUGAGAAGGUUUUAGAAUGUUCCUUUCUGCCCUCCUUUUGUCACCCUGUCCAUUUAUCCACCAUCUACCUCCUUCCCCUGCGCUGAGCAAAAUCCCAACACCACUUUUACUGGGAGAGUAUCCACGCGUCAUGUCAGGAUGGUAGAUGGUUGGAUGAUGGGACACAUUGAGGAGGGAAUAUGUGGGGCAGUGUAGGAAUAGGGACCCAAAAGAAAAAGUAAUUUUUCAUAGACUUGCUACCUCUCUCAUUCUAAAUAUAAGGCAGAGUUUUGACUUAGCCUGCAAAAUGGCGUUGGCUGGUAUCUGUCAUUAAUUAUGCCUGGUCUGGCAAACCUUUCUUAAAUAAUAACUUGCACUACAGCAGCAAUACCUUUACAUGGGUGAUGGAAUCAUUAUAAAAGCAGGAAACGGCCCCAUUUGUGAUACUGAUUGCUCGGUGUUAACUAGUUUUGUGCCACCUAAUCAGAUUUCACGUUCUGUACUGACACCUUCAAGAUGUUAAAGUAGGUUACUAAGGCCUCAGUUGAGUCCAAAUAGCCAGUAGAGAGAAAAAUCUAAUAAAGUUGUAAUAUGUUGUUUA